AGUGAACACGCUGCCAACAGGUCUUCUUUCUUCGCGUCGGCGGCUGCCACGAUUGGCCAGGUGACGCUUCUGGACUACGGUCUGGGCGCCAAUUGGGGCAACCUCACAAUCAGGCUCCAUGCACUAAACCGAUACCUCAGCCAGAUGCUGCCUGCACAGCAGUGUGACUGGGUUGUCUUCGUGGACUGCUAUGACAGUGUCAUCAUCGGCAAGGAGGCAGACAUCUGCCUGCGGCUGGAGCGCCUGGAGGCCGACUCUGGGCGGUCGGUCUUCUUCGGCGCUGAGACCUGGAAAGGGGACCUUGUGGAGGUGGCUUGUCGGCGCUGGCUCGGGCGGUUUGGGGUUGAUUGA